AUGGCAACCGCCACCUCUACCGACAUGUCGGACAUGUCCAUGACAAUGACGAGCGCAAUGUCCACAUCCACCAGCAGCAUGGACAUGGACAUGUCAUCAUCCAGCCUCAUGACCUCGUCGGAAAUGGCCAUGGUGUUUUUCCAGGCCGUUACAACACCCCUCUUUGCCUCGGCAUGGACGCCCACCGGCAAUGGCUCGUACGCCGGCACCUGCAUCUUCCUCAUUGUCCUGGCCGCUCUCCACCGCGUCCUACAUGCCGUCAAGUCCAUUGUCUUUGACGCGAGGUGGCACGGCCGGCAGAGACUCAUGUCCGAGGACGAGGCAUCUGGCAAGGAGAGAGCCGAUACGCCGGCGCGACAGCUGCAGUCUGAGUGGAACAGCCAUCCCUUCCGUGUGGCGACCGAGACGGCUCGAGCAUUGACCGAAGUAGUCGUGGGCGGUAUCGGAUAUCUACUGUGA